CGGCCCAGGCUGUGGAAGCGGAGGGUGGGGACACUCUGGCCCGGCUCUCGGUGGUGCGGGAGCGGGAGCGAGCAGCGGCCGCUCUGGUCGGCGGACGUGCUGCGGAGCAGUCCCGGAAGCGAAGCAGCGAUGGCGGAGAGUCCGACUGAGGAGGCGGCGACGGCCACGGCGGGCGCCGGGGCGGCGGGCCCCGGGGCGAGCGGCGUCGCUGGUGUUGUUGGCGUUAGCAGCAGCGGCGGCGGGUUCGGGCCGCCUUUCCUGCCGGAUGUGUGGGCGGCGGCGGCGGCAGCGGGCGGGGCCGGGGGGCCGGGGAGCGGCCUGGCUCCGCUGCCCGGGCUCCCGCCCUCGGCCGCUGCCCAUGGGGCCGCGCUGCUUAGCCACUGGGACCCCACACUCAGCUCCGACUGGGACGGCGAGCGAACCGCGCCGCAGUGUCUACUCCGGAUCAAGCGGGAUAUCAUGUCCAUUUAUAAGGAGCCUCCUCCAGGAAUGUUCGUUGUACCUGAUACUGUUGACAUGACUAAGAUUCAUGCUUUGAUCACAGGCCCAUUUGACACUCCUUAUGAAGGGGGUUUCUUCCUGUUCGUGUUUCGGUGUCCGCCCGACUAUCCCAUCCACCCACCUCGGGUCAAACUGAUGACAACGGGCAAUAACACAGUGAGGUUUAACCCCAACUUCUACCGCAAUGGGAAAGUCUGCUUGAGUAUUCUAGGUACAUGGACUGGCCCUGCUUGGAGCCCAGCCCAGAGCAUCUCUUCCGUGCUCAUCUCCAUCCAGUCCCUGAUGACUGAGAAUCCCUAUCACAAUGAGCCUGGCUUUGAGCAGGAGAGACAUCCAGGAGACAGCAAAAAUUACAAUGAAUGCAUUCGGCAUGAAACCAUCAGAGUGGCAGUCUGUGACAUGAUGGAAGGAAAGUGUCCCUGCCCUGAACCCCUACGAGGGGUGAUGGAGAAGUCCUUCCUGGAGUAUUAUGACUUCUAUGAGGUGGCCUGCAAAGAUCGCCUGCACCUUCAAGGCCAGACUAUGCAGGACCCUUUUGGAGAGAAGCGCGGCCACUUUGACUACCAGUCCCUCUUGAUGCGCCUGGGACUGAUUCGUCAGAAAGUGCUGGAGAGGCUCCAUAAUGAGAACACCGAAAUGGACUCUGAUAGCAGCUCGUCUGGGACAGAGACAGACCUGCACGGGAGCCUGAGGGUUUAGACCCUGUUCCCCUCUCUCCUCCCCCAACUUGAGAGUCCCAGAAAAGUCCCUUCCCCCCACCCCAGGGAUGGAGAGGCACUGUGUAUUUCCCUCCAGACGUGACGUCAUCCUGCAGGAUGGCAAGAACCAAGCAAGCUCGGAUCCCAGGGUGUGGGAGUGGGGAGGCUGUUCCAGAUCUGACCUCCUCGGCUCUCGAGCAUCUGGGGCUAUCUUCAUCCCAUAUCAGAGGCCAAGGUACCUAUGCAGGAGCACCUAGGGCGAGGGCCUCUGGCAAAAACAAAACAACCAACACACCUCUCCACAUGGCCAGCUCCUUAGGGAUAGGUGGGAGGCAGAAAUUGGCAAUUCCAAGAGGGAGAGUGCCCAAAUGAUUCAUGGGAAUAUCUGGAAGGGAGCUUGGGGUGGGGGGCUGUCUGUGACAUUUAAGCAGUCUGGGUGGUUGUCUGUCUGUCUGUCUGCAGUCUUGAAGCAGGGCUUCCCAGUGCCCUUUUCCUCCCUGCCUCUCUUCCGCCAUUAUUUCCCACAGGCCAGCAUAAUUUUGUUUUUCCUAAUUUAUAGUCACUGUUCUAGACAGACCAAAGAGAAGGAACAGUGGUGGAGUCUAGGCUGCUGAUCAGUAAGCUUUACCUAGCACCUGAGCACCUUUCUCCCCUGCCCCCUGUUUCCUCACCCCUUCUUAGAUUUAAGACAGAAGGUAAAUGUGACUGGGACUGAACUGAGGUCUUGGUAAAGCCUGCACAGGCACCGUAAGAAGCUGAAAAUGCUGUUUGUUCCCACAAUCACUGAUUUGAAAAGUUCCCAACACAGGCAGCUGCUGUGUGUAUGGGAUUAGAGCCACUACAUAGAAUAGUCUCUUACAGAUUUUCCUAAAUACUAGUCACAAUGAGGGUAUUUCUCCUGGGGGAGGGUGGGUGCGGGGGGAGACUAAUGCUAGUCCCAUUGUAUUUUGUUUGGCUGUCCUUGUGUAUUUUCACCCCAGCCUGUAGUCCCCCCUCCUCACUUCAAUGCCCAGGGACUUGUGGGGAGCAAGGGUAGCCAAUGGCAGAGGGGAUUGGGGCUGGGACUCUAGAGACUCCUCCCCUGCUCUCCCCUGCCCUCCCCUGCCCCUUCUUCCCAGCUGCUCUUUGUCACUGGCUCUGAUGGGUGUUUGCCUGGCUGUGUUGCUUAUCUAUCUGUAUUUAGCUGCAGUGAUCCUUUAGCUGGUUGGCUCAGAAAAAUGUGCUUUAGGUGCCCUGUGAUACAGGGCAUUGAGGGAAUCCAUCGUUCCCCUUUUUGAUGUGUUCUCCCGUACUUUCCAGAUUCUUACUGUUAUGGUUCCCGGUGGGGUACUGGUGAUCCACGUGACGCAGGGUCUCAGUCAGUAUCCAGCCACACAUCAGGGAGAGGAUAACUUGUACCUGCUCUGCCCGCUGCUAUGAAGGCCUCUGCCUUGUGGAUCAUGGGACUUCCCUGGGGGAGUUGGGAAGGGGGUUAGGCACAAAGGAGAAUGUCCUACUUGGGAGGGCAGGAAGCAGAGAAACUGGACAGGAAGUAGGCUUGGGGAACGGAAGCUUAUCUCGAAUACCUGAAGGCUGGGUCUCCGCACAAGGAGACUCAGAAAGGAACCCUGCUUCCAAUUUCCCUCUUCCAUUCCCAGAGCUAGUACAGGGCUUAGAAGAAUGCCCUUGGUCUGUUGGUCCAGUGUUGUCUGUCAUCCAUUUAAGUGUUCCCACUUUCAAGUGACAAUCCUCUCCUUGGCCCUGCCAUGGACAGAGCAUGUCUGGCAUACUGGCCUGACUUUUACGCCCUAAUCUUGAGUUGAGGAAAUAUAUGCACAGGAGUCAAAGAGAUGUCUUUAUAUCUGACUGUACAUAAAUGAAGUUUUUUUUUUCUUUUUGGUGCAAUAAAGUUUGUUUUGGCAGAA